GUCCAGCACACCAGCCGGCAGCGAUGGACCAGCAGCUGUGAAAAAGUCCUCGGAGAAAACGCCACGCAAAGAGACCGCACCGACGGCGGCGGCGGCGGUGGUGGUGGUUCAGCUGGGAAAGGAAACGGCACUAGCAACUUCCAGCGCAAACCAACCGACCGCCAUACAGUGAAGAACCGUGUUCUUCCGAAGUAUUUUACGCGCGAAAACGACGUUUACGUUACAUACAAGUCCGACUUUACAUAUCAGCUCAAAUCCUGUCUGGACAUCCUGAACUCUCCACUCGGAGAGGUGUUCCUGCACUGCACCGGCCGGGCGAUCAACCGUGGCAUUAAUCUGGCGCUACGGAUAAAGGCCGAAUUUCCCGAAGCGUUCGAGUACGAGGUGAACACAUCCCAGAUAGCGAUCACGGAUGAUUUGCAUCCCCUGCACGACGAGGACGACUUUAUGGUGCAGCGGCGCAUGAACUCGUGCCUGCACAUUCGACUGUACCGCACAAUUACGGUGAAGCAGUCCACCAAGGUCGUUGGGGAGAGAACUUAACCGUGUACGCGAAGCAAACCGCGCUCUA